AGGUUAUAUUUCAAUAUUUUUAGUUUUUACCAAUUGCAAAUUUCAUAAAACUAAUAAAAAUUCUUUCAGAGUACUAAUUCUUACGAUAUUAAUACCGAUAUUGGUAUGGGCUACAUUUCUUUUGGCAAUUGGCGAUGAUCCAAAGAACUUGAAUAUCGGGAUUGUUAACGAUGAAGCUGGCAAUUGCGACAGCAGCAACUUUGGCAAUAUUUGGAAUGAUGAAAUCAGCUGCCACUUCAGCAACCUCAGUUGUAGAUUCCUGAACAAUUUGGACGACUCCAUUGUGACACAGAAGUACUAUAACAAUAUUUCAGAGGCGAAAUAUGAUAUUCAAAGAGGAGAACUUCAUGGUAUAAUAUAUUUUCAGCAAAAUUUUUCUGAAGCUCUAAAAAUACGAGUGGAACAUGUUACUUUCGCGAAGGAUUCCGAUCUUCUUGCUAGUCAGAUUCAAGUUUUCCGUGAUAUGAGCGAAGCACCAAUUGGAGGUUUUCUACAGAAGAAGCUAUAUGGAUGGUUUUUAGAGGUUAUUGAGGCUAUUAUGAGGGACUGCAAAUAUAUACCAAGAUUAGCCACUCCGCCGAUUCGAUUUGAAGAUCCUAUAUAUGGUACUACUGAUUUAAAGUAUAUAGACUUCGUGAUACCAUCAGUUCUAUUAGUAAUAGCCUUCAGUUCGGGCAAUGCAAUCUCUUCCUUCUUGACAAUCAUAGAUCGAGAGGAGGGUGUCUGGAAUCGAAGCGUAGUCCAAGGGGUAAAAGUACAUGAAAUUCUGCUGUCUCACAUUGUGGUUGAGAGCAUCUUCGCAGUUAUCCAUACCAUUACGGUAAUACUCAUAGUCUUCCCUAUAUGGGGUUUGGAAUGUAAAGGAUCAAUAUUCGUUAUAAUCUUCCUUCUCUUUCUCAACGAGUUUUGUGGACUGAUGUGUGGUGAGUACUCCACUCUGUAUAUCAAAAAGCGUACAGCAGCAAUUCGGAACCUAAUGAAAAUUUUUUAAAAAUAACAUACAAUA